AUGCAAGUGUGGGUAGCAGGAAUAGAACGUUAUAGAGGGAUUAAAGCAGCAUAUUAUCGUGGCAUGAAAGGUGCUUUGGCGAUCUUCGAUUUGACCAAUCCUACAUCAUUCAAUAAUAUUGGUCAAUGGAUCGAUGAAGCUCAUAAAUUUGCACCAGCUGAUUCGUUUAUCGUUUUAGUCGGUAAUAAAUCCGAUUUAGUUGCUCAACGCAAAAUAACAUUUGAACAAGCUACAGUACUUGCCAAACAACUCAAUCUAUCCUACAUGGAAACAUCAGCACUCAAUUCGUCUAAUAUCGAACAAGUAUUCGCUACUCUUGCCACUUGUAUUUUACAUCAGAAAACACCAAAAUCGAUAGGCACUUCGUCAUCAUCAGAGACUAUCUCCAGAGCUGGAAAACCUAUGUGCAACACCUGUUCGCCAAAACAAAUGGUGGCGAUCACCUCAUGUCAUGGAUGUGCUUUCAAUUUUUGUCGUAAACAUUUUGAUGAGCAUCGAGAAAACCUUGGACACGAUUUUGACAAUGUCAUUGCUCGACAUGAUGGAAUUCUAAAUAAUUUUCAAGCGAAUAUGCAUCGUUUAUUGAAUCCAAUGGAUAAUGAUAAUGUACAAGUUCUACUAAAACAGAUAGAUGAAUGGCAGGCAAAAGCAAUUGAGACCUGUUAUCAAGUAGCUGACAACGCUCGAGCAAAAAUCGAAGAAUUUUUUAAGGAAGUAAAUACGACUGAUCAAUUAAAAAAAAAUUCGAUGAAUUAACCAAGGAACUAAAAGAGCAACAGGGUUUAGAGAACUUUGUUGAAACUGAUCUUGAAGGAUGGAAAAAACAAUUAGAAGAGCUCGAAAAAGAUAUUUCUAAAUUUCUUCAAAUGCCUAGAAAUGUUGUCAUUCAAAUACAAAAUAUUAAUUGGGAGAAUGCGAUCAAGAUUUCCUGCGUUUCAAAUCCUGAAGAAACCAUCAAUAAUCAAUUGGCAUCAACAAGUAUAAACGGCAGGGGUCUGUUGAAAAAUUUUCUAUUCAAGAUUUUACUGUAUCAUUGUCUUUUAGAUAACGCAAUCAACAUACCUUUUUCUAUUCUGACAAGUGUUAUGACAAGAAAAAACAGAAACACGCAAUCUUUGAAGAAUGACAAUGAGCACACCUAAGGAACAGACAAUUAUUGAAUAAUUAAGAAAAUACACAGUAUAAUCAUCUUUCACUGUUGUUUUUUUUAUAUAGUCUCAAGUAUUCUUUCUAAGCAUUUUGUCAAAAUGUAUAAUACGUGGUUGAUUCAAAUAAUCUAGAAUAUAUUUAAUUUUUUUAUAUGGACAUGGUUGCACUAUGACGAGGGUGUGGGUGUGGGUCUGAGUGGAUGUCGAAGUAAUCUAAAUUCACUUCCACAUCCACAUCCUCAAAUGGCAUUGUAUCCAUAAAAUCAUGAUUGAUAUGCUUUGAAUAUCUAUCAUCUGAAACCAAUCAUGCUGGUUUUUCUUUAAGUUAAAAAAAAUUAACUUACCUGCUGAGAUUCUAAAUUCUUCUGGUACAUCUAAACAUACACAAAACAUAUAUUUAAAAGGCUUUUUUUAUCCCAAGAUGGAACUACAUAAACUGAUCUACAUUAUUUGAACUCAUAUUAGGCCAAGAACAAAAACUCACUAAGACUAGAAAAGGCGUGACAAGGAAUCGUGUCCAUGAGCCUAUUUACUAAAUUUUUGAUCCAUCUGUUAGUAUUUUUUCAAAAAUAAAAUAACCAAAUUUCGACGUGUAAUUUCUUCCAUUGAUCGAUUUAAUAACGUUUCGAAUAAGCUGAAAUCUGCAGCGAAAAAGAAAAUAUUUAUUCACCGAGAUAUUAAAUUCGCAAUAAAUAGAUACUGGCCAUAAAAAUAUGACCAAAAGCAAAUUCAUUUGGAAAUGUAAUAUCUCGAUAAAUAGACGUUUUUUUUUUCAGCUGAAACUUUCAAAAUAUUCCGAGGGUCAUCUGACUUAUGUCUAUGGACACUUGCAAGUCGAAAUUUCGGUAAAACAGUUAUAACUUGGCUUAUCAACUACAAUUCUUUUAAGCUUUUCUUCUUUUACGAAGAAACUUUUCUGGUGUCAAUAUAAAUUCAAAUCGUGAUUAAUAAGUUCAACUAGGAUUGGCGAGGCCGAGUCAUUGAUUCAAAAAAAAUUUUCAACACUCUCAUUAAAAAUUUUUAUUUUAUAAAAUUUUAUUCUUACCUAUUCAUAACUUUUCUCUUAUCAAAUGAAUAAUAUCCGAAGAGAUUUUUUAAGCCUAUGCAUUCAUAUGAUCUGAUAUUAUGACCCAAAACUUAUUAUUGAGUAUGUAUUUUUUCUUGCUGUUUUGCUUCGGCUUAUCUUUGGAGAGUGUACAAAUGUUUAAGAUAAAACAAGUUGAAUCUUCGCAAAGCAUCAUGCGUCAAAUGCUUUAUCAUGCCAAGCAGUAGUAAGACAAAUAUGUAAUUAAAAAUAACAUCAGCAUCAAGCACGUUACGGCACUGAGUUUUUCUCUUUGAAAGUUUCACUUGUAUCUCGUUUUCAUACAUUGUAAGCGUUUCCUAGCGGUAAAAGUAAUACUACUUUCAUUAAUAAAAAAAAUUCUCUAUCAUACUAUAAUAUAACCGUUUGCUGGCAGUAUCUUUGAUAAGCAAGUUUGCCCAUUAUACCUUUUACAUUAUUUAUUUCUCAAGAAAGAGUGUGAAUGUGGAAUCCUCUCCUCAUCGAAGCAUACAUCCACACACAAAUUUUGUCUUAUAUUUGACUUCUCUUAUUUUUGUUUAGGUACAAAAUACCAGGAACUAAAUAUCAUGUAAUGAAAAUUUGUGGUAUAUACCAGAGAUGUCCAUGGCGACGCGACAGCGCCAUUAUUUAUGAGAAAUCACUGUGGUACGGUAGUGGUGCG